AUGUUUUCGCGAGGUCUUCGACAGGCGAUCACACGCCGGGUCGUCGGCUUCCGCCUCAAGAUCAAGAUCCGGGAGCAGUUGAGCAUCCUGGUUGCAUUCACCGCCGUGACCGCUGUCGGAAUUCUGUCUUUGAUAUUUUGGGUCAAUAACCGUCGUCUGAUCACCUCGGUCUCAUUGGACAGGAUCUCCAUGGCCGUAUCGAUGAAAACGGCGCAGAUCUCCCAGACCUUUGCCAUCCUGCACCACGUCGCCUACGGACUCUCGACACGCUCGAUCGUGCGCGGCGCCCUGCGGCGAUACGAAAAGGCCGGAAACAACACUUGGCAGAACUGGGUGCGAGUGGACGAGGAUCUGCGGAACGCGGCGUCGGCACGGGUCGGCGGGUUCCAGGAGAUCUUGCAGGUGGUGCUCUUCGACACCCAGCUCUCGAACGGAACCGUCGGGUUCCCCGCCGGCACCUACUACAAUGGCACGUAUAUCGGCGGUGACCACAAUCCCGACUACAAUGGGACCAUGCCGAACGGGACCAGGAUCAACGUGGGUGAGGGGAUGGGUGGUUCGUUGGGAUUGCUGAAUGUGACGGGUGAUAAUGCCAUCGGCAUCUACCUCCCUGCGGCCCCCGAGAACGGAAUGGAGGGUGAGACUAUGUUGCCGAAUGGCCCCGGUAUCACCUCUGGCGAGCGCAUGCAGAGAUAUUGGGGCGAUGUGGCCAGGAAUCAGUCCCUUGGUAGACCCGUGCACGAUGGCUUCUCGGUGCAGCUCUUUCCUGUGGUCACUGCAUACCAGAAUCCCAACGUCGCCGGAGACCGGAGCAAGAUCUUCACCCCGCAAUACAUUGAAAGCAUGGGAGGACUACUGUUGGGCCCGCUGGUCAUUAAUAAUACCUUCGCGCUCAUCAGCUUUACUUUCCCGGUAUACGAACAGAUCAACGGCGACAAUGGAGAGCUGGUCGGAUUCGCCACGGUGGUCAUGAACGCUUCGUCGUUGAUGGCAAUAUUAGGCGACAAACGGGGACUCGGAAAGACCGGACAAACCAUUCUCGUGGGGCCAGCGUGGAUCAACGGUCUGUGGAACGACACGAGGAUCAGCGAGAACAAGUCACCCCGCCUCUACAUGGACGACUCUAAGACGAAGAACGGGGAAGACGAUCAUGAGGCCGAAGGAUCUCUCAAGAGCCAAAUAGGCGACUACGAGUACAUCUAUCUCCUUCCGCCGGAAAAUGACCCCAAACUUGGCGGUCAGACAAGAAAACUCAGAGAUUAUGCCGCCGUGUGGGAUUUAUAUGCGAAGCAAGUGCAGGGAACUAGAGGAGAAGCUGAUCUUGACGCUGAAAAUUCCGAAGGCCAUAACGUCGGUGUGGGCUAUGCGCUUCCCGAGAUCCACAACCGCCUGGCGGAUUGGGGAAUACUGAUUGAGCAAGACAAAUCGGAGGCUUUUAAGCCCAUAGCCGAGCUUGAAAAGAUAUUGAUUGCUACCGUGUUCGGCACAUUUGCGGUGGUCAUGCUCCUUGUGUGGCCGUUGGCGCAUUUCUUGGUCCGACCGAUUACCAGAUUGAAGAGUGCAACCGAGCGUACCACUCAUCCGUACGGUGGAUCUUCGGAUUCGGUCAACGACGACGGACAUACCAUCGGCUCCCACGACGUCGAUACCGACGAUGCUGAGAAGGGCAGGAAAGGAUUCGUCAGUCGCUUCACAGGCCUGGGGAAACGACGGAAGCGCGCCAACAGCGCCGUCAGCGGCACUACCGCCAACAAUAAUAACAACGACAACGUGCGGACUUUCCGAAUACCCGGUAGAGUACCUGAGCGGAAGCAUCUGAUCCACGACGAGCUUACAUCCCUCACCGAGACGUUCAACCGGAUGACCGAUGAGUUGGAGCUCCAGUACACAACGCUGGAGGACCGUGUGUCGGAGAGAACCCGCGAGCUCAAUGAGCAGAAGAAGAUGGCGGAGGAGCAGCGCCAGAUAGCGGAAGAGCAGGCCAGACUAGCGGACGAACAACGACAGGUCGCCGAAGCAGCCAACAGCGCGAAAUCUCUCUUCGUGGCCAACAUCAGCCACGAGUUGAGAACGCCAUUAAACGGUAUCAUCAACAUGUGCGAUGUGGCCAUGUCGCAGGCGGCGCGCCGGGGGAUUAUGGAUGUCCGGGAUAGCCUCGAGGUUGCUGCCAUGUCUGGAAAGUCACUUCUUCACCUGAUCAAUGAACUCCUUACGUUCUCGAAAAACGCAGCAGGUCCACUCGAGGGUAGUGCCGAUGAUGAGGAUUUUGCUUUGGAGAUUGUGAGGAAACAGAUCAUGGCGGUCUUUGCGAAAGCGGCAGAGGAACGCGGUGUCAUCUUGGACAUCCAGCAGACUCCUCCGGAUCUCGCCAAUAAGAUCUUCCAUGCCGACGUCAAGAGAUUGACUCAAUGCAUGUACAACCUUGUGGGCAAUGCACUGAAGUUUACACCAGAAGGUGGAGAAGUGCGUGUUCGUGUCAGGGUACUCCCCCGUCAUUGUGCCGAAGGCACUCUGGAAAUGCUACGUCGGGUCGACACCAUCAGUCAGCCCACUGGUCACGAUACUCCAUCGAAGGCGCUCUCUCGAUCACCGUCAACGCUAAGCCAAGACUCGACACGUCCAGCAACCCAGACGGGGAAAACACACGUCCUGGAGUUUUGCGUCAUCGACAACGGCCCCGGUAUACCCGAGCAUCUCCACAAGAAAGUGUUCGAGCCUUUCGUCCAAGCCGAAAUGCGUCUUUCAAAGAUGCACGACGGUGUUGGACUGGGACUCAGCAUUUGCCGCCAAAUCAUCAAGAUACUGGGGGGGUUGAUUCGGUUGGAGAGUCAGGUAGGCAUCGGAUCCACCUUUACGAUUCAGAUACCCGUCUCCAUGACGGAACGCACCGAAUCUAUAGCUGCGACCUACGAUGAGGUGGUACCGUGGGGAAAGCAUUGCAAGCCACACCUCAGCUCAACUCCCGAGGGACUAGUGAAUGGACAUAGCAGGACCUUCAAAAUCCUCGUUGCCGAAGACAAUCCCACGAACAGGACCGUCAUUGUGCAAAUGCUCAAGAUACAAAAGCUUUUCGACGUCGAGCUAGCGAAAGACGGCCACGAGGCACUGGAAAAGAUCAAGGGGGCGAUGGCCUCCGGGCAAGUAUUUGGCGUGAUCCUGAUGGACAUACAGAUGCCAGGGCUCGACGGGAUCGAGUGCACAAAGGCGGCGCGGAGUCUGGGGUACAACGCGCCGAUCGUGGCCCUAACCGCGUUCGCCGACGAGGGCAACAAGGACGCCUGUCUCGUCGCCGGCAUGAACUACUUCCUGCCGAAACCGAUCGAUAAGGUCCAGCUGAAACAGGUGCUAAAAACGUGUAUGGGAUAUGAUGGUGGUAGUCCUAUGGUUAAUGUGCCCCCGCCGAGUCCCCCCGUCAGCACUGUUAGCACCGUUAUGCCGCCGCCGCCAAUACAGACUCCGAUACUGGAACGGAGGACGGAGGAUCUGGAGGGGGCCUAG